UGAAGACAGAGAGGGUCAAAAAGGGCAAAGACAGUUAUGUCUUCCUGCGGGCCACUCAGUUCAGAUUUUAGACUGUCUUGAACACCCACAGAUUUUUCAGAGAUAUUCAGAAUUUGUGGAAGCAUGAUGUGGGAUGGAUAAACAACAACGAAACUCUACUAUGGCCUCUAAUGACCCUGACCUUCCUGACCCCUCUGGUGACCCCCAGCCUGGCGACCUCAUUGAGAUCUUCAGACCAGCCUAUCAGCACUGGGCUCUGUACCUUGGAGACGGCUACAUCAUCAACUUAACUCCUGUUGAUGAGAGCCAGGCAGCCGCCAUGUCCAGCGUGAAGUCCGUCUUCAGCAGGAAGGCAGUGGUGCGCAUGCAGCUGCUUAAGGAGGUGGUGGGAAGCGAUACGUACCGUGUCAACAACAAGUAUGACCAUAACCACACACCCCUGCCCGUCUGUGAAAUCAUCCAGCGAGCGCAAGUCCUCAUUGGCCAGGAGGUGUCUUACGACCUGCUGGGGAGCAACUGCGAGCACUUUGUUACCCUUCUGCGCUAUGGGGAGGGGGUGUCCGAGCAGGCUACACGGGCCAUUGGGGCCAUCAGUUUGGUGACGGCAGCAGCCAGUGCCUUCUCUGUCCUGGGACUGAUCAACACACGAUCCAGAAACAGGCCUUUCUGA